CUCCUCUCUGACGCGCGCAGGCCGGCACCUGCGUCCUGCCCCGCCCCCCCCGCCUCUUUCCCAGUAGCUGUCAGAGAGCCGUUGUCGGUUGAGGGAGGAAGCUGCGCGAGGUAGAGCAGCCUGAAAUCUGGAUUGGGAAGCAAGUUAAGACUGAAAAACAAGCACUGCAUUGAUGACUUAGGGAGACCUUGAAGGACACACUGUUUUGCUAAGCUACAUUUUCGCAAGCUAUUCAAGGCACAAUGAAGCACUCAUUAUAUUUUUGAAACAUUAACGGUUUUGUCUUUUGCUAUCAACCAUGUUUUUUGGUUGAUGUUCAUGAAUUUUAUUGCUGUGAUAAGAGGAAAAUGCAAGACCAGAAUUUAGUGGAAAUACAUAGUGGUGUGGAAGUUUCAAGCCAGUCAAUUUUGAAACCUCUGUCAACAGAGACGGGUGUCACCUCUCUCAGUGAAAACAGCAGUGGAACUGAUGUACAUUGUCUAAACCAAAAUGGAAAUUUUGGUGAAAGCUCAGAACUGGAAAUGAUUCAGAAAAGCCUUCCUGUCGAGUGUGGUGACAAAAGGGUUUAUGAAGCAUCGCUGGAGAGUCCUGACACCAGCUUGGUGGAAUCCAGCAGUACUUGGGGUGACUUUGAAAGUUUCAGUGAGGUCAAGCAGGAGAAUUUAAGCAACACCUUGGAGUCUUUGGAGAAGCCAAAUGGAAAACAAACUUACACAAAUGAUGUGGAUGUCAGUGACAGCUGCCUCACUACCUCAUGCAGACAGUUCUUUUCCAAAACAACUGGACACAACAGAAAAGAAACAUUUGCUAACACUUCAGUGAAGGCUGUCCUCAGCUCUGAAGAUAUUAUUAAACUGAGUUUUCCAGAAGUUCCUGUACCACAGUUCUUGGAGAAAAUUAGCAGCUUGGAUCAAGUACUUUAUACAAAAACAGAAGACACAGACAUUCCUGAAUGUACAACGAAACAACUUUGCACUGACUCUGGGAACUUAUGGAAAACUCUUACUCAAUCCACUAACCCUUCCAGUUUAAGACGUCCUUGGAACGAAUCUCAUUACCAAGAAAACCUUCUAGCUGUGCUUGGAGUAGAUGCUCAUCAAAAGGCUGUUCCAGAAGGCAAGAAUGAUAUUUUGGAGACUAGCAUUAGUGAAAACGAAGAUUCCAAUGUUGACAAGUUCAACAUUAGCACUUGUAAAGCACUAAUUCAAACCAAGCUUUCUGUAUCUCCUGCUCCAAAACAGAGCCACCUCUUUUCCUAUAACCUUUUCUUGAAGAAGACCCCAUCUGGUGGAAAUAUGCAAUAUAUCACAGUUCCACAGAAGAAGAGGAUUUUUACUACACGAAGCCUAAAGAUGAAAAUGUUCAGCAGCAAUGUUUGCUAAUAACCAACAUAUUUCUGUUGUUUUGAUCUUUUUUUGUUUAAAAAAGCUUAUAUUGUAUUAUUAAUUUAAAAUGAAGCGCUUUAGGAGGAAGAAAAUAAAACCUUAAACUGUGUAUUUAAUUUCAGUCUACCAUCAGGGAUGUGAGUAAACAAGCUGGGUUGGUCCCUUCCAACUCUACAAUUCUAUGAUUUUAUGUCCCUUUGCCAGGAACUGCAGGCAAAUCAUGUUACAUCUUAUGGUAAACUAGCUAGAAUUGAGCUUUUAUAAACAAAGGAUGGGUUGUGCUCUGCUAACCCAAUCCUGCCAUUAUCUUUUAAGCAUUAAUGACAUUCGUCAAACUUUUUAAACUAUGCCCCCAAAUUAAAAUGUGUGUUGUUUGUGUGCCUUUUAACCUUUGUUUCUCCAGCUCACUGUUUCUGUGGUUAACUCACACUGUACAGGUUUUCCUAACUGCUCUCUUAUUUAUCCCUACUUGCAGUCCUGUGCCUCCACUAGUAUAACUGGUUUAUGAAUUGCCUUUGGGGGAGAUGGGCAAACUUGCGUAUCAGCCACAAUUCUCUAUAUUGCUUGGUUUGUAUCUGAAGCAUCCUGUUGUGCAACUCAUCAGAAGACUGUUGAACAACUGUCCUCUCUUGAGCCUUCUCCUUUAGGAUUAGAGAUAAAUACUUCCUUGAACGUCUAUGCCAAGAAAGGAUACUUCUGCAUGAUACGAAUGAACCAAAAUGGUUGAGUCCUGAAUAUAUUUGUUGAAUGGGCCUCUAAUAAUAGCAUUGCACCAAUAACCUUUAAGGGCCUUUCAACUGCUCUCCCAAUAAAGGCUUGGUCUUGUUUUCUGGCCUCUGCUAGAAUUCAGCAAUGUAUCUUAAAAGGAGCCUACACUAAAGCAGUGACUUUCAGGCUUUGAUAGAGUCUGGUUGGGAGUGUUUCAGAGACUGCACUCACUCCAUGUGAGUUGCAUAGUAGCCCUUUUUUGAGCUGAACAACUUAGAGCAGGCAUGUCAAACAUGCGGCCCUCCAGAUGUUUUGGACUACAAUUCCCAUCUUCCCCAACCACUGGUCCUGCUAGCUAGGGAUCAUGGGAGUUGUAGGCCAAAACAUCGGAGGGCCGCAUGUUUGACAUGCCUGACUUAGAGCAUAUUUGGUGUGGAAAUCAAUUAUUACACAGGUGGACUUCUGCUGGUGCAAUGGGGCUUCCAUCACCUUCCUAUACUCCCACAGGUAUUCCCUAUAAACCCACAAAAUUUGCUCCGGGGGGGCACCUCUCCAGAGCAGAUGUUAAGGAGAAGAUAAGAGAUUGGGCCCUGCUAUGGGAGAAGAAAUCGUUUU